UCUCACUGUUGCGUGUAGCGUACGACGAAAACGGUAUUCCAUUUGUUUGACCUCAACUUGGGAACCUCUCAUAAAGAGUAAAACUCAUUCAAUGGUACUCAGUGCGAUUUAAAAUGGCUUCGCGGUGCCUUCACUUAUUGACUGUUGUUCCCUUCAUGUUGUUAUUGUUAUCAUCGGUUGAAUAUGUAACAUCAAUAAAAUGCUACUCAUGCACAUCGAAUACGGAGAAAGCGUGCAGCGAUCCAUUCAACAACGUUACGAUACCGGCCAGCUACUGUGACAUUACAACUUCCGUCUGUGUCAAACAGGUCCUUCCGGCUCUAGGAAUCAUUAAGGAGAGCACCUUCAGGGGUUGCGUUUCAGACGAGUAUUGCAAGCUAUUCUCGAACAAAUCGAAAUUCUGCACCACUUGUAUGGAUAAUUAUUGUAAUUCGGCAAUUAAAUUGCAGCCUUUGACAACGUUCAUACUCUUACCCAUUUCUUAUAUUUACAAACUGUUGAGUUAACCUUGCUACUGUUACCUUCCUUUGUUUUCUUUGUAUAUAAUUAUUGUUGUAAAGAAAAGCAGAAAUCGUUUUUCUCUAUCUUAGUUAGAGCUACCGUUUUCUAUUUUUGUAAUUAAUAGUUUAUAGUAAUUAGUUGGCGAAUUACUUAUAUAAUUUGUUAUUGAGAUAUACAAAUUUACGGCCUACUUUGACAACGCAACUGUAACAUGACGAAACUUCCACUUUAAAAUCACUAAAAUUUCUCCUAA